GACAUCUUGAGGUCCUACUUCGCAUGCUUCGGCGAAGUACUCGCUGUGGGUUUGUCUAGGAAACCCCUAACAGACGAGCCCGGUGGAUGUGCCUACAUUUCACUCUUGUUGUCAGGAGAUCGCAGCCAAAUCCUCCAUACGGAGCACAUUGUAUGUGCGGUUCGCCUUAAUAUAAAGGAGUGGUAUUCAUUUGAUUUGGCAGAAACCAACUCAGUAAAGCUCGCCGAAGGCGAUAACAAAGAGAAUGUGGUUUUGGAGCCAGUAUUGCCGAGGCUCCAAUCCGAACCUAUAAAUCAACAGGCUCCAAUCGAUCGGCAGCAACAACCAGAUCUACCAAGCACUCAGCAGCAAAAUCAAAAACAGCAGGCUGUCGAAGAACCUGCGAACGUUUGCGAAUUAUCCCUGCAGGGUUUAAGAAGCCGAAUUACCGUGGAUGACUUAAGAACUCACUUUGCAUGCUUCGGCGAGGUUCUGGGCGUAACAAAGACACCAUACGGAAAUGGCUACGUAAUAAUACGACAAGGAAUAGGUUGCGAGGGCAUCCGUGAAAGGAAGCAUAGGAUACGUGGAGUCAAGAUAACUGUUUUAAAGAACACUCCAUCGAAAAUUAACUCCGUAAGGUGA